CCUGGUCACAUGCCCGGUGACUGGCCCCGUGAUUUCCCCUAAUUUACCCACCCGUUUCUCACGGGGUUUUGCACGUCUCGCGGAUCUCCCCUCUGUACCCUACCUGGUCCUCAGGGAGAAGUUACAACGAUUCUCCUUCUUCAGCAUCUUCCCUGCCCACUGGCCAGCUUUACCUGGGUCAUCUGAGGCCUCCAGACUCUAGUAAACCUCAACCCCAGCUUGACCCACCCCUGGAGAAAAAUUAUUGUGGCUCCCUGUUUUCCCAGGCAAAUGCUCCGGGCUGUCCUCGCUCUCCUCAAGAGGACUCCCAUCACUAUUCCCAUCUUCCCCCAGAGGCCCCCGUGUCUACCCCUGGGAGCCCCUAUUGUGGCAACCCUUUACCAGCCGGGAUGAUUGAUGCUUCUUGCUCACCCCAGUCCCAGGCUUCCAGGAAGCCUAGCUUAGAGUCCGUUUCCUCCUGGGAGACUAAUGGGAACUCGUACCUUGUUUCUGGCACCCCGAUUUCUGGUUCCCCCUGUUCCGAGGAGCCACCUCUUCCCCAGUCUGCGCAGUAUCCUAAUUCUGCCUUCUCUUUCCCUUCACCCCUGGGCAACCAGUUUAUAUCUCCACCGCAGUCACCUCCCCGUAGAAGCUAUAAUGAACCCUCUCUCCUUACCCCAGUUUAUCCCCAAGUGAAAUCCCCCAGAUCUCCAGAGUUAAAACAGCCAUGUGCUCCCUGCAGCCCUGACCAGUACACUCCUUCUGAUCAACCCAAGCCCCCUGAGGAUAGCACCUCUCCUCCACUUCCCUCCCACCCUUGUGGUCUCUCUGAUCCUUCUUGUUCCAUCACAACUUGUUCAAAUUCCUGCCCCCAAACACUUUCCCAAGGGGCUGUCUUACCUACUCUGGUACCUAGAAACCUGAAAACUGUUAACCCCACUUCACUUCCCCGCCGCCUUCCUUGUGAUUCUAUCUUACCUAAUGUUUAUGCUCAGAGCUACCCCCAUGGACCACCUCUGGGAACCCCUUGCAAUACCCAUAUAUAUUCUGUAGUUCCCUCCACCCCUAAUCUCUGCCCACUCUCUGGUUCCAUGGGGCCCCCUCAGUGUCCUAACCAGCCCAUGGUGCCUCCUUGUGGCACUUACGGCACUCCCAGGGGCCCACCCCAACCCCCUCGACAGCCUGUAGGACCUCCAUGUUCUACCCACAUCUAUUCAUUUAUCCCUUUAAGAACACCUUUUGACCCCCAGAGUUUACCCAUUGCCCCCCGACCCUGCGGCCACCCUGCUACUACGCCCUGUGGCCUCCACGUAUACUCUGUGGCUUCUCAAGGCUCUUGCAAAGAGCCCCCCCAGAUACCCUACAGCUCUCCAUUGCCUUCAUCCAUGAGUUCCAGCUGUAGUAGCAAUAUUCCCAGCUGCAGUUCAACUGUUAUAAUUAAUGAAUGCCAGAGUAGUGACAACCAGAACAAGAAUACCCAUCAAAGCAGAAGUCGGAGCCAGUGUGAGAAUCCCAACCCUCUUAGCAGAAGUCGGAGUAAAAGCAAGUGUCGCCUUCUUAGCAGAAAUCAGAGCCUGACCAUUCGCUCCAACCAAAGCUUAAAUGAGGAUCAGAGUGAGAAUCUUCAACUUGCUAUAUUUCAAAGACAGAGUGAGAGUCCCCAAUAUAGAAAAAGUCAAGGUCCAAACAAGAGUUCCCACCAUCUCAAAAGGCAGGGCAAGAGCCAAAACAAGAGUUCCCACCAUCUCCAAAGGCAGGGCAAGUGCAGAAGCUCCCAUCACAGCAGGAGCCGGAGCAAGAGUCCCCACUGUAAUAAGAAAUGAGAGCCAAGAGCAAGAGUUCUGACCAAACCAGAAAUCCAGGCCAAAGCAAAAUUCACAGACAAACAGGACUGCCAGCCAUAGUAACACUCAGCUGCAGCAAUCAGGACCAACUUAUGGACUCCUCAGUUGAUAUCUUCAUUUUCCUUUUAAUCUACUUUUAUGCU